AUGAAUGCGGACGAGAAGAGCGCCGAUGAGGCGGACAGGGAACAGCUCAAAGAUGGUCAUCCACCGAAGCCGCCUAGAGCAAUUGAUUAUGCUGAAAAUAAAGAGGAAGCCACGCCGACUUUAGAACAAAGUGUAACGAUUUCGCAGGAAACCGUUAUUGAAAAAAACGAGCCCUCCGGUGAUCAAUCGGACCGAGUUUCCCAUAAAACGAUACCUGAAACUGGAACAACGUCGCGCAAAUCGUCGACGGAUGAGAAAAGAAGCAACAAAUUGGUUAUUCGAUUGACCUUGGGUGAGAGCAAGACGAACUUAAACGAGCUUGAUGAUGCUGAGGAAUGGAUUGGGAUUCUGGUUUCCCAUACUCAGGGAUCUGAGUACUUGGGAUGGAGAGUUCGACGAACUGGUGCCAAUGAGCUGUGCAGAAUUAUCGUGGAAAAUUGCUCUUGCUGCAACGCAAACUAUCUCGGAAAAUGGAUUAAAUGCAACGUGAAAUCGGAACCGGAAGGCAAGUACACCUCCAGCGGCGAGAUUCAGGUUCUUCCGAACAUGUUCCAAUGUCGAAUCAACCAGAAGAUGGUGGAAUUGAAAGUCGAUGCAACCUAUCGCAAAACCGAUGUUCUCACCGGACAGCAACAAUUUUUCAACGACGUUUUUGGAAAUAUUAAGGGAAUCAAUCGACAUAUCGACACUUUUAAGAAUCCGACUAUGAUUUGGAUCUAUUUGAAUCGUAGAACAAUGGAUUGGAAAAUUUCCUCGUAUCAAGACGAUUUGCUACCAGUGGCCCAUAAAAGUGUCGUCGGUGUGGUGAAAUUCUCUAAUGGGGAUAGCUACUAUGUCGGUGUCAAAGGAAUGAAGGAUGUUCGCCUUCUCAAGACGCAUUGCGCGCCAUACGUGGAUUGGAUAGGCAAAUCGGUGGCAUUUUUGGCAAUUUUCGACGAAAAAUCCGACGAGCUAGUGUCAUUCGGCGAUUGUGUUGAGAUUCAGACGCGGAAAAACGACGAAGAAAUUGAGGUUCUUGUUGAUUUGGAGUUUGAGAAACUUGAUGAGAAUGACACGAAUGUCUACCGAAAUCCGGAGAUUGGACGAAUAAUUGACCCGCAUCGGAAGUUGGCCAAGGAUCAAAAAUCGGCGUGGAUCAUCCAACACUUUGACGAUUCGAGCUCGAUUAAGUGGAGAACGGCAAGCAAUCAGAAUCUUGCGGAAAAUCGUGUUUCAUUAUCAGAAUCUGCUACUAAAAGAAUUGAGAAUGAGGAAAAUGUCCCACAAGUUACUGGAUUUGUUGCAUAUUGGCUUGGAAAUAGUAGAUACCUUAUUUGGAAUGCGGAUUUGAAAAAUUUGCAGAAUAUUCGCAUUGAGAACGAGCAAAACUACCUCGGAAAAUGGAUAAAUUUUGAUUUACCGUCGCCAGAAGAUCAAACUGAGCAACUCAAUGUCACCGGUGAAGUCAGAAUUCUUCCCGACGUCUUCCAGCAUCGUUUCGACUUGAAUUCGGCCGAAAUUAGAGUGGAUGUGACGUUCUGCAAGACCGACAUUCUCACUGAAUCGCCGAUUUUCUUGAAUGCGGUGUUCGGCUAUAUUAAAGGCAAAAAUCAGCAAUUGGAUGUGGAAAAAUUACCAGGAAUGGCUUGGAUUUUCCUGGAUUACAAAACGAAAGAAUGGCGAAUUUGCGAAUUCCAGACCGACAAACGUCCUUUGAAACUUGUGGGUCUUGUGGUGAGGGAAAGUAAUGAUGAAAGUUAUGAAGUCGAAGUGGAAGGCCUUUCACACGUUCGAUUAUUAAAAGAGCAUUGCAUUCCAAAUUCGGAGAUUAUCGGAAAAUCUGUGACUUUUUGGGCGAUUCCUGAAUCGGACACGGACCAUUAUGUCUCAUUCCGAAAAUGUACCGUAGUCAAAUCGAGGAAACGUAACGGCGAGCUUGAGGUCUUUGUCGACGUGAGCCGAAACGAUGAGCUGGAUGUUCUCGUCAACGAGGAUCUUGGAUUCAUUGAGGAUAAGGAUCUUAUCCUGGCCAAGGAUCAGACCAGCGUGUGGAUCAAAAAAUCAUCGACAACUCCUCUGGCACAUUGGGAACUUGCCGAUCUUCAAGGAGAAUAUGUUGAAGAGCCGCCGGCUGUUCAAAAGGUUAAUGGUGACGUUGAAGCCGAAGUAAAAGAGCCGUCAACGAAGAAGAAGAAGUCGAAGAAAUCGAAAAAAGCGAAGACUGAGAAAAAAUCGUUUCUGAAAAGCCUGAAUUGCUUCACGAAGAACAACUGA